AUGGGACCUGAAAAAAGAGCAGCAGCAGAACUGGAGACUCAGCCCCACUGUGCGGCACUCGCUGGAGUCCUCCACCUCUCACCUCUGCGGUCCUUUUCUGCCCUCUGUGGUCGUAGCCGUUGUGGAUCUGUAGUCCGCAGGCUCCUGCUCCAGACUCACCGCGUGGAGCUGCAGGUGGCGAUUCACCGGAUUCGAAUCACUCUAACCAGCCGCAGCGUGAAGUCGCUGGAGAAGGUGUGUGCUGACUUGAUCAGAGGAGCAAAGGAAAAGAAUCUGAAAGUGAAAGGACCGGCUCGAAUGCCGACGAAGACUUUGAGAAUCGCUACAAGAAAAGCACCUUGUGGUGAAGGUUCUAAAACAUGGGAUCGUUUCCAGAUGAGAAUCCACAGUCCUUCUGAGAUUGUUAAGCAGAUUACUUCCUUCAGUAUUGAGCCAGGAGUUGAGGUGGAAGUCACCAUUGCAGAUGCUUAAGUCAGUUAUUUUAAUAAAUUGAUUACCAGUUGUUAAAAAAAAAAAAAA